GAAAGACCAAAGUAUCCCUAGAUGUUUAAGUAUGUCCUCUGUGUCUCUAAAGGUUAAUUGGGGAAGAAGAAAACUCUCCUUCUUUUUGUAACUUUUGCUUCACCUCUCUCUUCUUCUCUUGUUCUAUUUUUUUUCCCGAUUCAAGCAAAAUUCAUCAAGACUUGUCAAUUUGAAAAAAUGUCGCAAUCAACCGUAGAUGUUCCGCCAAAGGGUGGGUUUAGCUUCGAUCUGUGUAAGAGAAAUGAUAUGCUUACACAAAAGGGUCUUAAAGCUCCGUCUUUUUUGAAGACUGGAACAACCAUUGUUGGUUUGAUUUUCAAGGAUGGUGUGAUACUAGGGGCAGAUACCCGAGCAACUGAGGGGCCAAUUGUUGCUGAUAAGAACUGUGAGAAGAUUCACUAUAUGGCACCAAACAUAUAUUGCUGUGGUGCAGGAACUGCGGCUGAUACUGAAGCAGUCACUGAUAUGGUCAGCUCACAGCUGCGAUUGCAUCGUUACCAGACUGGUCGAGACUCUCGGGUCAUUACUGCUUUGACCCUUCUCAAAAAACAUCUUUUCAGCUACCAAGGUCAUGUCUCUGCUGCUCUUGUACUCGGUGGAGUUGAUAUCACUGGUCCACAUCUGCAUACUAUAUACCCACACGGUUCAACUGACACUCUUCCAUUCGCCACAAUGGGUUCGGGUUCUCUUGCUGCUAUGUCUGUGUUUGAGGCAAAGUAUAAAGAAGGCCUAACUAGGGAUGAAGGAAUUAAGCUGGUCGCUGAAUCCAUAUGCUCGGGUAUAUUCAAUGACCUGGGUAGUGGUAGCAACGUGGACAUCUGCGUGAUCACAAAGGGGAACAAGGAAUAUCUCAGGAACUACAUGGAACCAAACCCAAGAACCUAUGUCAGCAGCAAAGGCUAUUCCUUCACCAAGAAAACUGAGGUUCUUCUCACCAAAAUCACCCCAUUGCUGGAGCGAGUCGAAAUCACAGAAGUUGGUGAAGCUAUGGAGGAAUAAUUCAAUCAAUCUCAUAUAUCUUCUUUUGCAUUGAUCUACAUCAAGGCUCUGUGUACUCUCAUGAUCUCAUCUUCCCAGUCUUGUCUUCUUCCCAUGUUUAAGGAUCAUUCAAAUCUUGUUACUCCUCUCUCUCCUUCUUAGAUUUCAAUAGAGAGGGUCAGACUCGAGAGACUUCGUCCUUUCGAAAUAAAAAAACAACUUUCCCUAAAUUAUUAUUGGUUUGUGCAAACCGAAUUGAAUUGUACAAGCUGUUUAACCAAAUCUCCUAAUACGACGUCGCUUUUUGUCUCAGGAUGACGUGUUUUUGUUGCCGCUAAUUUCUCUACACGCGAGUAUAUACAUAUAUAGGAAAUAGAGAUACGAAUUUAUCAUAUAAGACGUUACUAUAGAGCGAC